AUGGCAACGGGGCCACAUGUCUGGAUGCGCCUGCGUUCAGCUCGAGUACGCGCUCACGACUGCGCCGGCUCGUGCGCAGUCUCCCCGCCGGCAUCUCCUGACCUACACGGGGCCCACAUCGGCCCCGGGAAACUAACGGUUCACCGACCGAUUAGGAGCCGAGCGCCGAGCAGUGGAGAUGCGGCCGUGCCAGCGCUCGCCUCCUGUCCGUCGGCGCAUUUAGUGGCGGAAGGCGCGCCCAACGCUCGGACUUGCCUUUUACAUCAGAAGCUGCAACUCCUCAACUGUUGCAUUAAACGGGUGCUGCAAGGCAAUGGGGGCGUGGGCAGCAAUUCCUCGGAGGAAGAAUUCUUCGACUGUUCCGAGGGCGAGGGGGGCGAGGAGCAGCCCCCGUGGGACCGGCCGGUGGGACGCCUCAGCCGCCUUGGAAACGAAACGCUCAAGAAUGGCGCCCCACUUUACGUUCCGCGCACGCAAGAUCCGGCACCGAAGACAGAAGAUCAGUUGGAAGAGGACGCCGAGCUGAUGGUUCGCUUAGGUGACGAUGCGAAAGCCUCAGAGCUCCGUGCCAGGAUGAUGAGCGCUUCACUGUUGUCCGACAUGGAGGCGUUCAAAGCCGCCAACCCGGGUGCGGAGCUGUGUGACUUCGUCCACUGGUACUCCCCACGGGACUGGAAACCGGACGAUGGCGGCUCUUUAGGCGAUCGCAUGCUGCUGCCCGGGAACCCGUGGGUGGAAGCGUGGAACGUGGCCCGGCCAGUCCCAGCCGCGAGACAGAGGCGACUCUUCGACGAGGCACGGGAGGCGGAACAGGUUCUUCACUUUCUACGUUCACGCACCGUGGGGGCCGUUGCCGAACUCCUGUUGCCCGCCCUACUCAAGGCUGGUGCGUUGAAAGCGAUCGAGGAAGGCGUCCCGGGUAGCGGUUCUAACGUCGGCGGCGUGGACAAGCGGCGGACCUUCGAAAUAGCUGCGAGGGAGCUCUUCGAAGCUGAGAGGGAGGCGUGCAGGUCGGCAUGCGUGCGACGGAUACUUGGAAAAAGUGUCGAGGGAAUGCCGUUGGACGUGGCAGGCAGAACGAGGGUGCUGAAUGCAGUAGGCGGCGUCCUGCCACCGCCAGUUCGCAGGGAGUUCACUCUCAGAGUGAAGGAUGCCGUUGCUCCCCAAGUGAUGCGAGCCGCUCUGUCCACGGACAUGACCCUCAUCGGGGCAUUCACGGAGCGCAUAGUUUGCUUG